CCAUAAAAUAAAACCUUAGAGAAACCCCCAAGAGACGCUUGUACUGGUUGAGUGGUUUCUCUCGGAAUUGUGUAGAAGAUGAUGAAGCAAGCUCGCACUUUGCUCUCCAGGAGCCUUUGUGACCAAAGUAAGUCACUCUUUGAUGGAGCUUCAACGUUGCGUGGUUUUGCGAGCUGGUCAACUGGAAGUGGUUUCUCCGGUAAAGAAGAAGCUGCAAAGCCUAGUGGUCGAGUGUUCGCACCUUAUGCUAUUUUCAAGGGGAAAGCUGCUCUCUCUGUUGAACCUGUUCUCCCCACUUUCACCGAAAUCGAUUCAGGAAAUCUUCGGCUAGACCGUCGUGGAUCCUUGAUGAUGACUUUUAUGCCUGCUAGUGGUGAGCGUAAGUACGAUUGGGAAAAGAAACAGAAAUUUGCUCUGUCACCUACGGAGGUUGGAUCCUUGAUUAGCAUGGGAUCCAAAGACAGCUCUGAGUUUUUCCAUGACCCUUCCAUGAAAUCAAGUAAUGCUGGUCAAGUCAGGAAGUCAUUGUCAAUUAAGCCCCACGCAGAUGGUAGCGGCUACUUCAUCUCAUUGGGCGUUAUCAAUAGCAUCCUCAAAACCAAUGACCGUAUUGUGGUUCCUGUCACAACAGCUGAAUUUACAGUGAUGAAAACAGCUUUCAGUUUUGUCCUUCCACACCUCAUGGGUUGGGAUCGGUUAACAGAUCAAGAUGGUACUGGAACGCAGAGGACUACUUCACAUGGAAAUACUGAUCCACAGCAGUUAGAGCAGGAGUGGGAUAAAUGAACUGAUGGCGUAGUAGGAAGUAGGAACGGAGUAAAUUGGCAAUGCAUGUGUUAAUUUUUCUGGAAUUUGAUGCACACGAAACUCGGCAUGCUCUGUUUUUGAAUCGGACAUGUCCUCUCUAAGACUUCUAAUCAUAGGGCUUCUGCCCUUUUUUCAUUAAAAGCAUUUUGAUAUCAGUUUUUUACUGAGACAGAUUCAACUAUCAUAACAUCCAAACUUCAAGAACGAGGAGCACAAUA